CUCAGCAAAAUCACACCUUUGGAGUUCGCUUUAGUGCAGGGCUGGUGUUAUAUGCAAGUGCUUUGAAUCUAGAUUUGUGUAGUUCUGCUUUUCAUUGUGUAAUGUGGACAGCCAGAGAGUGCAAAUGCCAUGUUAUCUGUCUUUUUCAGAUGAGAAUUUGAUGCCUGGAAACAUAUGAGAGAUAGAAAAGCUAUGCAGACAUGACAGAUGUCUGAACUUCAGCACAGGAAGCAGGAGAGAGGGAGGGAGAGCACACAAGAGGGAAAACAGCCAUUUAAACAGCCUUUGAAUAUAAAGAAGAGUGAACAGAGUACUCUCAUUACUCUCAUGUUUUUUUUUUUUUAAACAAACGUUCAUUUAUUGUAUACCAGUGUCAAAAAUUUUCAAUUUUUUUUCAAAUUUGAAUAUUUUCAAAUUUUCAAAACUUUUUUUUUUUAAUUAAGGGGUGAUGUGUGUGUGUGUGUGUGUAUAUAUAUAUCCAUUUAUCUCAAAAACUAAUUAAAUUGUAACUGAAAUUCUCACUAUAAUGUCUGAACCCAUUUUUCACCAAGCCUUGGUUAAUUUCUGACCCUCUUGUAUUCUGUUAUUUCAUAUGGUGUUUCUAAAAACUCCGUCUGGACUGGUUUGAUGGAUAAUUGUUGUGACUGGCAGGUGCAGGUGCAAGUGCCAGUGACUGGGUGAAACGAAAGCUAAAUCAGCAUAUUCGCAAUAAACACAGGAAAUCAGGUCAGGAUCCCACCAAAGUUUGUGCAUCCAACAUACCUGAAUCUCAUUAUUUUGAGGAGGACAAUCCAUUAAGAAGAACAGGUGACAAAUCUACACGUUCGCACUAAUCCUCAGAGCCAAUUCUGAAGCUGCGACCAAAGAGAAUUGCAUCAGGAAGACAGAACCCACUGCAGCGUAAAACCACUGCGCCCCCUGCUGUCAGAGCAUUUGACUCUAUGGGGGGGUCUUCCAGUUCUACUUCAGUAUCCAUAGGAAGUUCAUUACCAGAUAAACAGAUGAGCCGUCAAGAGCCACAGACCUAUAGCACAUCAGCGUCACACGAGGAUGAAUCUCCUCUACACAUCGGCAUUCAGAACCCCAUGCUCUGGAAUAGAAAUGCACAGCCCGUAUUUACCUUGCCUCCACCUGUUGUCGCAGCUCCUUGGCAGUGGACAGUGAUGUCUCAUAGGCCUUUGAGCAGAUCCCAGUCGGCACCUUCUUUUAUCCAGCACAUCCACACUCAGACUGUUACGAUUACACACCAACAGCAAUGGCCACAGGAGACAUUACAGCAGCACACUGAGACAAAUGCUCAUUUGCAAGCAAACACACAGUGCUCUUGUGCACAGGCUCAUUGUAAGGUCCCUUUUCGCAUGGUGCGGCCCACGUCUUCUGUAGUGCUGAGAAGAGACAGAGGGAGAGCAAGAAAGGACUUACACAUGCGGUCCCAAUCGCUGCAUGAAAAGUGUCUCAGUAAUCAUCGGGGAGUACUGCACAACAGUGAAUGCUGUGAUGAACAACACAGAGUGUAUCACCGGAACCUUGCACGUGAGCAUUCCACUCCAGACACCUUUAACAGAAGACAUUUUUCCUCACCUCUAGCCCUGGAUGUCAGGAGAAAACAAAACUAUACCACAGGUUUGGUGUUGGAUUAUAAGAUGCUGCAACAUGAGUGUAACUGUGGAGAUGUGACCAGCUGUAAUACUGGGUAUACUGGCAGAAUUGCGAGUAUCUGGUCAAGAUUGCAGCACUGUGGCCUCAAGAGUCAGUGUAAGUGGGUUAAAGGCAGGCCAGCCACGUUUGAGGAACUACUGUCAGUCCAUUCAGAACAGCUUCUUUGUUCAUACUCUGGGUUCUCAGAAAGUUCAUCUUCCAUACCAUAUCGAAGUCAAACAUAUUUUGAUACAGUAUUGAAUAGUUCCAGCAGUGCAGCAAUAAUGAAGAUGUCAGUGGGCAGUGUGAUUGAGCUGGCUUUCCGUGUGGCUGAAGGAGAGCUAAGGAAUGGGUUUGCUGUAGUCACACCUCCAGGACACCAUGUAUCACAUUCUCAAACAUUUGGUUUCGGUAUCUUUAAUUCUGUGGCCAUUGCUGCUAAACAGCUUCAGGAGCGAUCAAACAUUAAAAAGAUCCUUAUAGUAGAUUGGGAUGUUCAUCAUGGUUAUGGAACUGAGGAGAUAUUCUACACAGAUCCUAGUGUCCUCUAUAUAUCCCUGCAUCGCUCUGACAAUGGUUCUUUCUUCCGUGGAAGUGGACAACCCACCAGGGUAGGAUCUGAUGGAGGGGAAGGCUUUAAUGUAAAUGUGGCGUGGUCAGGAGGCCUGAGUCCUCCAAUGGAAGAUGCAGAAUACCUAGCUGCAUUCAGAACGGUUGUUAUGCCAAUUGCUCAUGAGUUUUCCCCAGAUGUGGUCCUGGUUUCAGCUGGUUUUGAUGCUACAGAGGGCCAUCCAGAGGAUCUGGGUGGAUAUAGAGUCUCAGCAGAAUGUUUUGGAUUCUUGACCCGGAAAUUAAUGGAGUUGGCUGAAGGUCGAGUGAUGAUGGUGUUAGAGGGAGGUCAUAACCUCAUAACCCUCUGCGAUGCGUUGCAAGCCUGUGUCAGUGCUCUCGUGGGAAAUGAGCCUGAGCCUUUAGAUGAGAAGGAAUUAGUGAGAGAACCCUGUGUCAAUGCAGUCGAGUCUCUGAAGACAGUUCUACAUGUUCAGAGCAGGUACUGGCAUUCAGUGAGGUCUAUGGUAGACACUGUGUCUCUGUCCUACGUGAAUGCGGAGAGGAGAUACUCAGCAGGCAGGGAAGCUGCUUUAGUCCUGGAUGGCCUCCAUAUGACUGCUCCAAGAAGUAGCUGUUUCCUAAGUGAGCCAAUGGAGCAUGAUGAAGCUGAAUCGAUGUAGAAGCCAGUCUGUCUGUUUUUUUGAAAGACUUUAAUCCUCUCCAAGCAGAAGUCGGACAUCCAGGGCUGGUAACAGACUGAAGCUACUAUGACAUUACUAUGGUGGCUGCAGUCUUGUGUGAGAAAGGAGACAAUCCUAAGGAACUAGGCUGUCAAUCUCAUGCGAUUGAUUUUAAUGCUUAGUCAUUUGUUUGAUGACAAGAUUUUGCAAUUAUAGCUUGCUCAUGAAGCCUCUGGGCAAUGUCAAAUAAGGAUACGCAGACAGGAAGUGAAAAUAUAAUUAAAUUAAGUCAUUUUUUUAUCAUUCAGCAAGGAUGCAUUGCUUUCGUACUUUCUAUUCAUCAAUGAAUGAAAGAACAUGUUUUCAGCAUUGACAACUGUUUCUUGAACACCAAAUCUGCAUAAUGACCGCUGAAAAUGUAGCUUUGCCAUCACAGGAAUAAAUUACAUUUUUAAAAACAUAUUCAUAGAAAAGUUAUUUAAAAUUGUAAUAUUUCACAAUAUUACUGUUUUUGUAUUUUUGCUAAAUGCAGCCUUGAUGUGCAUGAGACUUCUUUCAAAAACAUGGAAAAUUUGCACCAACCCCAAACGUUUGAAGAGUAGUUUAUUAAAUUGUUACUGUUUAAAUGUGGAAUGAUAAAUGACCAGUUUUGGGCAUCUGUUAGUUUUACAUUCAAAUCUUUUAAAUGAUCAGUAGUCCUUGAUACCUUUAAAAUGGUCUUGAUGAUUUAAUAAUAAAAGCUUUUGUUAAUUGGACUUUAUAUUCAUCAAUCAUUACAAAUUUUAAAAGAAAAAAUUAGACAUUUUGCAUUGUGUUCAAGCUAAAUUUUUGUCAUUAUUAAUAUUGAUAGAUUUCCUUCAGUGAAUAUGUAAGGCAGCUGUCCUUGUAUGUCAAGUCUUUAUAUAGCAAGACUUUUUGCAUUGUGUUCAAGACUUGAGACAUUUUGCAUUGUGUUCAAGCUAAAUUUUUGUCAUUAUUAAUAUUGAUAGAUUCCUUGUAUGUCAAGUCUUUAUAUAGCAAGCGUAAAGAAAAGGGUACAAGUACUUUGUGCAUUAUGUCACUUAGGCUGUAAUUCAUUUCUGAGAAUAUUUUGUUUUCAUUACCAAGUUGGUCUAUAAAUGCAUUUAAAGAUAUUUUGUGAAAUACCAUGACAUCAGCAUUUGCAUAUAUUCUACUUUUUACAUUGAUGUUUUUUAAUAUCCUUUUCAUUUCAUUUGUCUUCAAAUGUCUCAAAAUUAAACCUGUAUUUUUACUUUUUAAUAGUUUUGAAAUCAAGAAGCAUGUGUUAGGUUAUUUUAUUAAUGGGUCACUGACAAAAACAAAGUAAUUGAUUUCAUAACAAUACAAUCGCUAUGCUCAAAAAAGUGCCGGAAAUGUCAGGUAAAAGCAAAAAUCUGGAUCUGUAUACAUUCUAACAGUAUAAUAAUGUUUGUGUGUAAAUAUAAAAAAGUUCAACUUAACAUAUGACAAAUGCAUGCUGUAUUAUCGGAAUGAAUUUAUACUUACCAACACUCAGCCAUAUAACAGGUGACAGACAUGUGAUGGUAAAUCUUAAAAUCUCUAACCAUGUUUGUCUUGUGGGGAAAUAAAAAUUGCUACAAAAAUCAUUUAA